CAGUUUUGGAGAAACAGGAAACUGAUGAAAGGAAAUGAUGCAUGUCACAGAGUCACACAGUGCCUUUGGUAAAAAGUGAUCCAGUCUCAAGGCACAAAUGGAGUUCUUCCUCAACAGAUCGAUGAAACUCUUACUUUUAGCAGCCUGGCUUUCAAGUGUGCUGGGUCCAUGCAAAUUUCUAGAAAUUUGCAAGUCGUGUCACCAGAACGCAACUUGCAAAAGUGCUAAGUGUUUCUGCAAACUCGGUUUUACUGGAGAUGGAAUCAGACAGUGCGUAGAUUUCGAUGAGUGUUCAAACCUCACUAAAAUCUGCGGGGAAGAUGCCAACUGCACAAACACAAUAGGAAGCCAUUACUGUACCUGUGUGUCUGGAUACAACUCAACAGGAAGUAGAUUAUUUCAAGCUAAUGAUGGAACACACUGUAUAGAUAUUGACGAGUGCGUGAACAGUCAUGUUUGUGGGCCUUUCUCCAAAUGUCACAACACAAAUGGCUCUUUCUACUGCACAUGCCAAAGAUAUUACACAACGCCGACUGGAAGCAACUGGUUUCAGCCAAAUAGCAGCAUCAAGUGCGAAGAGGUCCUCAAUAAGGCCUGCCAUCAGGACACAGGAUGUGUAACAAUGACUGUUAAAUCUACAGUUGAAAAUAUCAUUAAUCUGCCAGAUCCACAGCAACAAAUGGAGGAGAUAAAAAAGCAAACAUCAGGUGACCUUGCUCCAGUCACAAUAAUCUCUUACAUCGAUGCCAUGGAAGCGUCUGUGUUACAGUUUGCAAAUGAGUCUCAGAAAGACGGUGCCAUAAACGCCACCAUCAGGAAUUUGGUCCAAAGUGUGAACAAUCUGGUGAAAAAGGAGGACAAGGAGGCAUGGAACAAAAUAAGGGAAGAUACCAAGGACCAUUACAUAACUAAGCUACUACAUACAGCGGAGAAGGGUGCAGUGGCUCUUACUGAAGCCUAUAAACAUUCAGCUGAACUGGAAAUCAGAACAGCUGAUGUAGAACUGAAACUCUACAAGUUUGACUCCCAGAAAAAAAAGAACUCCAGCGUCUCAACAUCUAUAGGUGGAGGUUCCAUUUCACUCAGUCCCAAAUAUAUGAAAGCAGAAAACACUAACAGGAGUGUCUCUGUUAUAUUCCUGCACUACGACAGCAUUGGACCUCUGAUGAAGCCCAACUCUGACCCCGGGGUGAUCGACUACAGCCGAUACGCCGAAGCAGGGGAGAUCAUAGUAAAUUCUCCUGUAAUAGCUGCUGCCAUAAGUCCAGCGAAAGCUUUCCCCUUGGAUCAUGUGACCUUCACUCUGAAACACAACGAGCCUAUAGACCCUGAAACCGAUGAGAGCAAAUGUGCUUUCUGGGACUAUACACUGAACACCAUGAAAGGUCACUGGUCCAUGGAGGGCUGUAAGCGCUCUCGUGUCAACAAGACCCACACAACCUGCUCCUGUAAUCACCUGACACACUUUGCCAUCCUCAUGUCCUCUGGCCGGGCCAAUCUCGCUGCACACUACAACGUCCUGACCCGCAUCACACAGCUGGGAAUGGUGAUCUCCAUAAUCUGCUUGUUCAUGUGCAUCUUCACCUUCUGGUUCUUCAGUGAGAUUCAGAGCACCAGGACAACCAUCCACAAGAACCUGUGCUGCAGCCUUUUCAUGGCUGAGUUCAUCUUUCUGAUUGGGAUCAAUAUGUAUGCACAUAAGUUGUUUUGUUCAGUUGUUGCCGGGUUGCUGCAUUAUUUCUUUCUGGCUGCGUUCGCAUGGAUGUGUAUCGAGGGUAUCCACCUGUACCUGAUUGUUGUCGGCGUCAUCUACAACAAAGGCUUCCUACAUCGCAAUUUUUACAUAUUUGGUUACGGCAGUCCGGCAGUGGUUGUCAUUAUCUCUGUAACUCUUGGUUACAAAUACUACGGUACAAAUUCUGUAUGUUGGCUAAGCACAGAAGGAAACUUCAUCUGGAGUUUCAUUGGACCUGCAUGUCUAAUCAUUCUGGUGAAUUUGUUAGCUUUCGCCGUAAUCAUCUAUAAAGUCUAUCGUCAUACGGCUGUGAAGAAACCUGAGAUCAGUCACUAUGAAAAUAUCAGGUCUUGUGCGAGAGGAGCUCUCGCACUCUUAUUUGUACUUGGAGCUACCUGGACAUUUGGUGUGGUGCACAUCCUCAAUGAGACCACGCUCACAGCCUAUCUCUUCACUUUUGCUAACGCCUUCCAAGGGAUGUUUAUUUUUAUCUUCCUCUGUGUUUUGUCCAGAAAGGUUCAAGAAGAAUACUACCGAAUGUUCAAGAAUGUUCCGUGUUGUUUUGAAUGCCUGAGAUAAGGAAACCAGUCAAUUUUGGCCACAAAAGAAGAAAGCCAAAAAAAAAAAAAAAGAAAAAAAGAAAAAGAAAGAAAAGCUAAAAAUAUGUAUAUUAGAGGUUACAAAAAAGUCAUUUUUUUGCCUACAAAAAAAUUAUUUUUUUAUCAUUCUAUGUAGCAAAUGUGUUAAUGAAGGCCAUUUAUCAUAUUAGAAAUAAAAAGUAAACAUAGAAUUAUGAAUAGAAUUAAUUUGUUAUUUGUGUGGCAUCCCAGGAAAACCGAUCAGAUGGCAAGAAUCUAGCACAAAUCUAGCAUGUCUUCCUGUAAAAUCAACUUUAUAUUUUAAUUACGCCUAAGGUAUGUGCCUGCAAAGACCCGGUUGGAUAAGGAGCCAGUUUUAUCCAUCCAUUUUCUAUACCCACCUUAUUCCUAAUCAGGGUCACGGGGAUCUGCUGGAGCCUAUCCCAGCACACAUUGGGUGAAAGGCAGGGGUACACCCUGGACAGGUCACCAGUCCAUCACAGGGCCACACAUAUAGACAGACAACCACACACACUCACACUCCUAUGGGCAAUUUAGAAUUACCAAUCAACCUAAUGUACGUGUUUUUGGACUGUGGGAGGAAACCGGAGUAAACCCACACAGGCACGGGGAGAACAUGCAAACUCCACACUGAAAGACCCCUGUCUGUUCGAACCCAGGACCUUCUUGCUGUGAGGCAACAGUACUGACCACUAAGCCAGGGGGCUGCCCACGCCAGUUUUAACACUAAAAAAAAAUCAGUCCGUCUGAUGAUGUCUAAAACCCAAUAUUCCUGCACUACAGUUAGAAUUAAACUAUUUUUAAGAGUUUACAAUACAAUCCCUUUACUUGUAUUAGAGACUAUUUCAGCAAAUAGACUUCAGUUCAAUAAAAUCUGGAGAUAUAAUAUAAAAUCUCAGCGUAUGAAGGGUUUUCCCGGGCCGCCGCACGUCUAUUAUUCCCUAUGCCCAUUUCAAAAGCCUAAAACUGACAUUUGUUCUUGACUAACAGAAAAAAAUAUUGUGUUUAAAAUGUACAAAACCUUUUAUAUACUGUAACUAGUUCAUUUACUAGUAUCUGAUCAGUAACUAGUUCUGAUCUGAUCGGUUAUUUACUCCAGAGUUGUGUUUACAUAGUAUUUAAAUCUUGCUUAACCUUAAGUUGUGUUUCUGCCUGUAAAAGCCUUGUAUCCUGUAUGUCCUGUAUAAAUCAUUGUUAAUGAGA